AAUGUACAUAGAUACUUAACAUUAACGUUGUAUUUGCUUAUGUGGGUGCACCGGCAUUGAUGAACUCUUUACUUGCAACCCAAAAGAUCUGAAGAGCAAACGGGAAGACCGGGCGGAAACUACAUAGUCCUACUCGGGUUCUAGUUGUCACAUUUCGAAAAUAUUUUACUAGAUUGUUAUCUCGGCACACAAAUCAUAUGCAAAUAUCUGUAAAUGUAUAUAUACAUACAUAUGUAUAUAUGAAUUAAUUGUACAGAGGCAUUGGUGUUGUGAUUUCUCUGUAAAGACUGUUUGGACGCUCUUUCAAUUAUAUAUACAUAUGUAUGUAAGUAUGAAUUAUUUAUUAGUAUUAUUAGAAUGACAAAAUGGGCAUGGGAUCAUCAAUUAUUCAACGCGAAUUUUGAUUAAAUAAUAUUUUUGUAGCCGCAAGCAGUGAAAAUGCUGAGAUCUGCUUAAAACAAAAUCAAAAAGAAAAAAUAUAAUAGUAACAGUUGUGAUAAAAGUUAUUGUGCAAUGAUAUCUAAACUAAAAUUGAGAUAAAUAAACACACAUCUGUACAUGUAGAAGGAAAUAAAAAAACAAACAGUUACUUGUAGUAUAGUAGAAAAUUUAUUUAUUGUUAAUUUAUUAUUGUGCUAAAAUGACAAUGGAAGCUAUUACCAACUACUUUGAGAAGGGUAUCGUGCUGGUUAUUGCCGAUUUGCUUAGUUUGAUAACAGUGUCGUCUUGUUUGGUUAUUAAGGUGCCACAAAUCAAUACAAUACGAGCAAACAAGUCCUCACAGGGUAUUAGUGUUCUCGGUCUCUGCCUCGAACUCUUCAGUUACACCGUGAUGUUGUCUUAUAACUACAGUCGGGGUUAUGAUUUUCUAUCGUAUAUGGAAUACCCCAUACUACUCCUACAAGAAUAUGUGCUUAUCUACUAUACUUUCUUUUAUCAAAAUUUAUUGGGCGUACGUACGCAAAUAGUGGCGGUGCUUUAUGCUGUUGUGGCGACAUUGAUUUACUUCAAACUGUUCCCUCUACUGAUACUGACAUUUCUUGUGCCUUUUUGUACACCAAUCGGUGCUACAAGUAAAGUCUUACAAUUAAUUGCAAUUCUACGAACAAAGGACGCUUCUUCUGUCAGUCGCACAACUUGGGCGCUAUCAGGAUUCACCAAUUUAACUCGGAUCUACACCGUUUACGUGCAAUCAAGUGACAUGAUGCUGCUAAGUAAUUUCUUAAUAUCCACCUUCUUAAGCUCGUCAGUAUUUGUUGCAGCUUGCAUUUACAAGAAAAAAACAAAAUCCGAAUAAGAAAGUCCAUUGGAGGAUUUGUUGUUUUGUUUACAUAUUUGGCAAAUACAAAAACUGCAAUUUUGCCUUUACUUGUGUGAAAUGAAAACUAGAUAUGGAUAAAAGAGUUUAGCUCAAAUUUAUAAAUAAAUAAAGUGUCUGUUAACUAUUUUUAAA